AUGCCACGAGCUCUAGUAACAGGAGCCACAGGCUUCCUCGGACGAGCCGUGCUCUCGGCGUUCCAAGACGCAGGCUACGAAACAACAGGGACAGGCUUCAGCCGAGCCUCGGAGAACAUCCUAAAGCUGGACAUUCGAGAUGCACAGGCUGUAAACAAAGUCUUUGAUGAGGUCAAACCAGACGUCGUGGUUCACUGCGCAGCAGACCGACAACCGGACUCGUGCACACAAAACCCCGAAGCCGCACGGCAGCUGAACGUGACGGCAACCGAACACCUCGCGGCCGCCUCCUCAUCGCACUCGGCGCGCCUGAUCUACAUCUCCACGGACUACGUCUUCCCGGGCACACGCGGCGACGCACCGUACAGCACGAGCGCGACGCCCAAGCCGACCAACAUCUACGGACAGACGAAACUGGACGGCGAGCGGGCGGUGCAGAAGUACGAGGGCACGACGUCGCUCCGCGUGCCGGUGCUGUACGGGCACACGCACCCGGACGACAACCACGGCGAAUCGGCCGUCAACGUGCUGGUGGACGCGGUGUGGAAGGCGCAGAAGGAGACGGUCAACAUGGACGACUGGGCCGUGCGCACGCCCACCAACACCGCCGACGUCGCGCGUGUCUGUGUCGCGCUCGCUCAACACACCGGCCCGCUGCCCCAGGUCGUCCAGUUCAGCAGUGAUGAUCGAAUGACCAAGUACCAGAUCUGUCGCACCUUGGGCGAGAUCUUGGAUCUGCCCGUCGAUCGCAUCGUGCCUGUCACGGAUGGUGGGAAGCCGGGCCCUGACGGCACGAUAAGGCCGUAUGAUUGCCAUUUGGAUACAGGUGAGCUGAAGAAGUUGGGCAUCAGUGUUGACACGGUGGAUUUUGUCGCAUGGUGGAGGCGGAAGUUGGGUGCUUUCCGCCAUUAG